UUUAUACAAUCAACAAAGGGAAAGAAACAAAAACAAAGGAACUGACUGCGAAGUAUUGUGAUAUUUUAGUGAUCUCCUAGACCUAUAGAUAUUAGUUUUCUCGAAAUAAAAAAAAAAGUUUAGUUAAAUCUCGUCCAAAAUGAGUGAUACAGAAGAUGCUGACGAAACGUCUCGGCUAUUGCCUGCAAUUCCUCAUCGCACUUAUGUUUAUGCUGAUGAACUUAGUCCAAUUCUUGAGCACGCAGUUUCUAGUGAUCAGAUGGGAAAUCCAGAACAGGAAACAAAGAAAUGGCCACAAUAUGUCGCGGCAUUAGCGGCGACUGGUGGUGCUUUAGCAGCAGGUACUGCACUUGGAUGGACAAGCCCAGCAGGACCAUUAAUGAAAGCUGAUGGAUAUGGAUUUCCAGUGUCUGACGAAGCAGAAUCAUGGGUCGGUUCCUCACUCAAUCUAGGCGCGGCUGCAAUGUGUAUUCCAAUCGGAAUUAUAAUCAAUUAUAUUGGUAGAAAAGGAAGCAUGCUUGCUCUUGUUGUUCCAUUCCUUAUUGGAUGGGCUUUGUUGAUUUGGCCACAAAAUAUUACAAUGUUAAUUAUCGGAAGAGCAUUCAUUGGUAUCUCAUGCGGUGGUUUCUGUGUUGCUGCACCGCUAUUUAUUGGUGAAAUUGCACAUAAGAGCAUUCGUGGAACUUUAGGAUCCUUCUUUCAACUGAUGAUUACUAUUGGAAUAUUGUUUGUAUAUGGCGUCGGUUAUAAAGCAAACGUUGUUGUGUUAAGCAUAAUUUGUGGUGUUAUUCCAAUUGUUUUUGGUGCUAUUUUCGUUUUUAUGCCUGAGUCCCCAACAUAUCUCGUAAUGAAAGACAACAGUCAAAGUGCUAUUAAAGCUCUUAAAUGGCUUAGAGGAGAGCAAUAUGAUCCAAGUGAAGAAAUUGCUGAGCUUCAAAAUGAUGCUGAGGAAAGAAAAACAAAUUCUGUAACAUUUGGACAGGCAAUGAGUAGAAAAACAACAAUUCGAGGUCUCGUUGUCAGCAUGGGUCUUAUGUUCUUCCAACAAGUCUCUGGAAUUAAUGCUGUAAUUUUCUAUACAAAUGCUAUUUUUGAAGCUGCAGAAACUGACAUUGAGCCUGCAAUUGCUACGAUUAUUAUUGGAGUCAUGCAAGUCAUUGCCACAUUUGUAUCUACAAUGAUUGUCGAUCGAGUCGGUCGUAGAAUUUUGUUACUCAUUUCCGACUCUGUUAUGGCUUUAUGUACUCUCGCAUUAGGAAUUUUCUUCUACAUGAAGGACCAAAAUAAAGACAGUGUAGAAAAUUUAGGCUGGUUGCCAGUUCUUUCGCUUUGUGUAUUCAUCAUUUGCUUCUCUUUGGGUUUAGGACCAGUUCCAUGGCUUAUGAUUGGUGAACUUUUUGCACCUGAUGUAAAGGGUCUUGGAGCAUCAUUAAACGGAACAUUGAAUUGGCUUUUAGCUUUCGUCAUUACAAAAACAUUUGUAAACCUCAAUACUGCUCUUGGAUCCGGUGGUACUUUCUGGCUAUUCUCAGGUCUGUCUAUACUCGGAACCAUAUUCAUAUUCAUUAUUGUGCCUGAGACGAAAGGAAAGACACUCAAUGAGAUUCAAACGAUGCUAGCUGGUGAAAAGGAAACAAAUGAGACUGAUGAGGAGAGGAAUUAAAUGAUCACGAACAAUAUUUCAUGACAAAAAAAUGUUUUUAUCACCGCUAGUCAUAUGAACUAUCCAUAACACACACACAUACACACCAACAAGAAGAAAAUGAAAGAAAAGCUGAACGACAGUUAGUUCUUCAUGAUAAAUUAAUUAGCUAAGUUCCAUGAUGCCAAAAGUUUUUAAAUUAUACUUUUUUUUGUCAUAUCUACAUAUCCAUUUUGUGCUUUAUGUGUUGUCGGUACACAACAUUAUUACUAUCUUUUAUUAUGAUUCAAAUUGAAAGGAAAAGCCAGGAAAAUUUUCAUUCCAACAUAAUGAAAGUUAAUGCAUGAUUUUUGUAAUUAAAUUAAUUAUUACUUUUUUUUGAUAUUGCAAAAAUUUUUAUAACAAUUUCUUUUUGUAAUUUAUUUAAGAAUCAUAAAGUUUUUAUUAUGAAAGAGCGAGAAUGCUACAUUUUUACAUAGAGAUGAUGGGCUAUUCACAACAAAAAAUAAAGAUAUAUUAUCAUAAUUUUUUUACACGAA